GAGCGUAGAGUCGCACCGCAGGAGAUAUAAGUGAGCAGAGCUUUCCAGGAGUCUCACACUACCCCACCUCACAAAGGGACCAGAUAUCCUAAGGCAGAGGGCUGUAUCCACGAACCUCAGCCACAGGGAGUUACGUAUCAAACAAUAUAAAUGACAAAACAGUUCAACAAUACCAACACAGUAAAAAAAAAAGGAGGGGGUAACCGCAUGAGUGUCAGAGCACUAGCACGAAAAUUAACAUAAACUGUACUAACACUAAAAACAUUAAAGACUGCCGUGACAACGACAACAACAGUCGCAGCAGAAGAAGGAAAGUCUACUUCCUGACACUGGAGGACGACAAACUCCCGUCACUGUGAGACAUGAACAAUCGUCGCACGGAAAAGCCGCCAGUGUGGCUAACGUGGGUGGGAGACAUGAGCGCCAUCACCAAGUUCCUGCUGGCCAAGCCUUGGUUGUCCCCCUGGUGUAUCUCCAAGACUGCCAACUCCAUCCUGCGAGCCAUUGGUGUUGUGGCGUUCGCUAACAAUCCGGUGUCAGGCGCGUUGAUCCUGGGGGCCAUGUUUGUGGGUAACAUCAACGUGGCCUGGGCCUGUCUCUUAGCCGGGGUCAUCGGGGUUAUCUUCAGCAAGGUACUCAGUCAACCAGAACAGUUAAUCAGCGACGGUGUGGUUGUGUUCAACGGGAUCCUGGUCGGGUGUAUCUCUGUGGCCGUGUUCCCCGGGAUAACUGGCCACGCCAUCGACGCCAGCUUCUGGCUCUUCCUCACCAUCGUUCUCAUCAUCACAGCUUAUGUGGAUAGAGGUUUGAAUGCUCUUAUGGCACCAUGUCAAUUACCAGCAUUAUCCAUCCCGUUCAACUUCGCUGCUGUCUUACUCCUGUUAAGCAUGCGUAGUGCUGCGGGCCUCACGGGAACACAACUCCCGCCAACCCCAACAAACACUACCAAUAGUGCCAACUCUACCAUAGAGCUCGACUGGUCAAAAGUAAUGGAAGGAACAUUAUUGGCAGCAGGGCAGAUCUAUGGUGUUGGAACCAUAGACCCCUCCAUCCUCAUCUACCUUGCCUUCCUACUGUUCUCUCCGGUACUCACAAUAUUCUUCUACAUGGGCAGUGUUAUUGGCACUAUCAUAGGAGCGCUGGUCAGUGCGGCACCAUACACUGACGUGUACAUUGGACUGUGGGGUUACAACAGCAUGCUGACGGCGGGAGCCGUCUCGUACUUCGUCGUGCCCACGCCAGGAGUGGUGCUAGCUGCCGCGGUUGGCGCCACCAUAGCCGCCACUGUGCAGGCUGCCACGCUACAUAUUUUCAGUGCGAUGACAGUUCCAGUGUUGUCAUAUCCAUUUAAUGUGGCAACAUUGCUGAUUCUCGCUAUUGCUGUGACCCAUGACUCGCCCUUCUCCUGGGUACCUGAGAAGACCUUCCCUGAGUACCAUCUGUUCUUGUACGUCCGAUCUCUACGGAGAUGUCAGAAUACAGUGACCAGCAGUGAAGCUCCAGAGGAACUAUUGCAGGUUAACCACAAGUAGCAGCACCAAGGGGAACGUGACUUAUGGUGAUGCAUCUUUGUCUUGACCAGGAUUUUACAUUAAUGUAAUGCAUGACUCGAAGGGAUAAUAUGAUCAUAUUCACUCAGUGUUUUUUUCUGUGUCUCUCCAAAAAUGGUGUUUUAAACACAUGUACAGUACUUUAUAACAUUGUAAUAUGGGGAAAUGACAAGUAAUUAUUUUGUGUAAGAAACUGAUUUCAAAAUAAAUAUUUUCUGUUUAUCUGUCUAUUGCAUUACAGGUGUAAAGCACAAAAUGUGAUUUGUGGUUUUAUCACAAUAAUCUGCAAAGUGUACAAAUAUAUAUGGUAAACAUAUAAGUUUAAACCAUAUGAUAAUUUUGCAAACAUAAUUUAAAAGACCUCUCAAAUGUUUUUUAAAAGAUAUGAUCCAAAUAAUAUUAAGGAAAACAGCUAUAUCAGCAUCAUCGGCAAAUUAUAAUAACCCUGUGCAGUGUAACUAAAUAUUCAAGCUUGACUAUGAUCAUAGUGCUUUUGAGUAUUAAUGUAUCUCAAAACACAAGGAGGUCUCAUUAUCACUAGACAUCACAUAUGACAGUGAUUAAUGAUAAUUGCAGAUAAUCAUUGAGAAACAGAAAUACAAAUAAUGUACUGGCAGUCCCAUGAGCUUCUGUGAUUACUGUAUUCACAUUUUCAAGGAGCACAGUUGAACUGACCUCUUUAAAGGUGUGAAUAAUCAGAAGUGUGUUUGAAAUAAUUUUGUAUGUUUAUUUCCUAGUGGUUAUCUGCAUAAUACAAUAUGUACACUGUAUAAUACAUAUCCAGUAUACAUAAGUUCAAGUGACUCUUUUUAGUGUCUACAUAAAAAUCAUAUGAACCAAUAAAAAUUUUCACGAUUGUAACUUAGUCACUGGCCUGACUAAUCAAAAGUUAAGUCAUCAUUGGCCAUCAUAAGUUUUGGUACGAACACAUUCCUUUCACUUGUUUGUCAUAACUUCAAUUUAGAGAUUAUAUACAGGCAACCCCCGAGAUGCAGAAUCCUGGGUUACGGAAAUUCGCCCUUAUGGAAUUUUGAAAUUACGGUACCUGUAUGAACCAAAAAUUCGCAAUAUAGACAAAAAACUCGCCCUUACAGAAUUUUUGUAAACUUAUUAAUUUUUCAAACAUCAAAAUCGUAAUACCUAUAUAACAAAGAAAUUCACCCAAAUUUUGUGUUGAUUCUUGGUGAUAGCUACAAGAUGGCUGGUGGACGGCACAGCUCAUCUCUCCAGUCUCAGUUUGAAUCCUUUCCCCAGCUUGUGUUCAGUUAUGGAAUUAUGGAAUUAUAGUUAAUUUAUAAAGAUUUUCAAAAGAAAAAUAGCUAUAGAGAACAAAGAAUUUCACCGAAAUUAUAAAAUUUAUUUUGUGUGGAUUCUUGGUGGUAGCUACAAGACGGCUGGUGACGGCCCAGCUCAUCUCUCCAGUCUCAGUUUGAAUCCUUUCCCCAGCUUGUGUUCAGUUAUGGAAUUAUGGAAUUAUGGUUAAUUUAUAAAGAUUUUCAAAAGAAAAAUAGCUAUAGAGAACAAAGAAUUUUACCGAAAUUAUAAAAUUUAUUUUGUGUGGAUUCUAGUGGCAGCUACAAGACCGUUGGUGGGUGGUUCACCUCUCCAGUCUCCAGCUACUAGCAACCACAACAACAAUGGUACUGCUAAGUUUUGAUUCCUUCCCCAGUUUGUGUUCAGUUAUGCAUCUGUAUUACUGUGUACCCUUAUUCAAACCGAGUGAAAAAGACCAUCAAGUUCAAGUGAAAGCAGUGAUGAUAAAAGAUUUCACAUUGGAAAUGCAUUGGAAAUUUCAUCUUGAUGUUUUAUGUAGGUAACUCCCAGUAACUCCGAUCACACCACCACCUGCAGCACCCAACAUUGUUUCUAGCAAGUUAAAUUUAAGUGUUUGCAUUUACAGUAUUGUCAUAUUAUACAGGAGGUCCCCGACUUAUGAACGCCCGCCGAAACGAACGGGGUCUAACUUGAAAUUUACAGUAUUUAUUUACCUGAUGACUUAUUUUUUGCUUUCAUUUACUGUAUUUUGUCAUUCUAUUUCUUCUUUGGUCUUAAAUUAAGUGCUUUUAGGUGUAAAAAAUUGAUUCACCAAAUUUACCAAUGUCCAAUAGACUUAAUAAUGUAUCAUAAUUUGUAAUGGUACAGUAUAAUGUACAAUUUCACAACAGUGAAAAUAUUAUGUAUUGUACUACAGUACAGUACCUGUAUUAUGUUCAAAUUGUAUUGUAUUGUGUAAUUACAUUCUGAAAAGUAUGGCAUGUUCA